UUCCGUGUCGGACCAAAUCUCGAAGACCGAGAAUUCAACGUCACCACUUCCAUCUUCGUCUUCCUCGGCACCGCUCUUCUUCUCCUUGGCAGACUGGCCUGUUGCUUCGGCUUCCGUCCGUUUUACUUCCGGCUUCUCAGAUGACACAUGAGGUAGAAUCAGUAUGUUAUGCAAUAUCAGAAGUGGUUAAACAAGAAAUGGAUGGUGUCACUAGCUCAGGCUUGUUUCCAUUGCAGCGUUGCAAAAUUAUCCACCUGGUUAGGCAUGCACAAGGUAUUCAUAAUAAGGGACAUGAAAAGGACCAUAGAGCAUACUCAUCUCCAGAAUUCUUUGAUGCGCACCUUACUCCACUGGGAUGGGAUCAGGUUGAUAAUCUCCGUAAACACAUUAAAUCUUGUGGCUUAUCAAAGAGAAUUGAAUUGGUUAUUGCAUCCCCUUUGUUAAGGACAUCAAAGGUUCUGCCAUGGGAUCAGAUAUUCAAGGCAUAUGAUUUACAUGAUGUGCUGGCAUGAAUUGAUUUAUAAAUCUUUAAGUGUACUAACAAGGAUUUCUGCUGUUUAUUAGCAUGAAACAUUGUAGUGUUUAUAGUCUAUGGGGCCAGUGUUAGUUUGAUUUUGCUAUAGUCACUCUGUCAUGCAAAGUUGAUUCCAAAUACGUCCUAUGGAUUUUGAGUCUAAAUCAAGCCUAUUUAAAAAAGAAGGAUCUAAAGGAGUAAGAAAAACUUUUUUGGUUUUGAAUUUAAUGUGAUCCUCCUUGUGUAUUUACCAUUUCAAUUGCUGUUGAAUUGUAAAUCUCCAGUGAUUACCUACACACAUAUAAGCUUCUGAUGUGAAUGGAAUAUUUGUAAACAGUUGAGGUUUUUCUUUUAAGUUGUUUGUCUUCGUGACCUGAA